AUGUCACGAACGCGUGAAAAUCUAAAGGUGGUCACGAUGUAUGCUAAUCGAAUACCAAAAGUGGAAGUCAUUACUCCACAAAGCGUUCCACACGUUGUCGUCGCACCAUUACAACAGCAACAACAACAACAAGUACAGCAAACAUCUCAGCUUCCAAGUUUCAAAGAUGAUGAGAAAAUGCCAUUGUUUCUUAUAAAGUUAUGGAGUAUUGUCGAGGAUCCCCAGUAUCAGCAGAUCGUCCGAUGGGAUGAAUCCGGAUAUAGCUUCCAUAUUAUCGAUCCAUACUCGUUUUGCCGGAACGUGCUACCACACUUCUUUAAGCACAAUAAUUUGAAUAGUCUUAUUCGUCAACUGAACAUGUAUGGCUUCCGGAAAAUGACCCCAGUCGAUCGGGGCUCAUUGACGCGAACUGAAUCCGAUCAGGACCACUUGGAGUUUAGUCAUCCAUACUUUAUUAGAGAUCACCCGGAGUUCUUAGUGAAUAUCAAAAGAAAGCAGUCCUCACGAUCCUCCGAAAACUCUGUGAAUGGAGUGCAAGCACAGGCGAAUAUCCAAAUGGUUAUGGAAGAGUUACGCCAAAUGCGUGAGAAACAACGUGCCAUGGAUAAUAAGAUGCACGACCUAGUGAAGGAAAAUGAGCAACUUUGGGAGCAAGUCACGCUUUUGCGUGCUCAACACAAUCGACAACAACAAGUUGUUACUAAGCUAGUCCAGUUCCUCGUUGCUAUGAUGCAACCAAACUCGGCAGCUGCAAAGCGAGUGAUGAAAAGAGGUGUUCUUGCCAUCGAUGAACCUCCUCAGAAACGCAUGCGGAUGAACCAGAAUUCGAAUUCAAACAACAUUUCUUCCCUAACUGAUAUCCUGGAUCGUCUUCAACGAGAAAUGCAGGAUAUUGGCGGAAUUCGUGGAGUUGCUGCGGCAGCUAGUCGCGGUGAUGGACCAAUUAUAGCUGAUGUUACUGACGAGUGGGUACCAGGAGCGUCGUCUUCGGGAAGUCCGCAAAAUCAAAUGGGACAUAGAAGCAAACAACAAUAUGGAACUAAUGGGUAUAACUUAUCGUAUCCGUCACCGAGUGCUCAGCACCCAUCAACACUAUCUUCACAUGGAACAUCGUCGAUUGGAGUAGCAUCUCCUAGAAGUCAACAGAAUGGCAACGUGACUACUACUUCGAUUCCCAAUCAGCAACAUACAUCCGGUCCUUCGUACUCGUCCACGAUUACCAUGACACCCCAACUAGAAAGGCAAUUUUCGCAGGAUUUCCAAGAUUUUCUGAACGGAAUUGAUUUGGGGAUUGAUAACUGUCGCGAUAUUCUCGGAACUAACUGGGAUUUCAAUCUAUUCGAUGAUGUAGAUACCAGUGAAGAACAGGAGCAAGUCCAAGUCGCAAAACAGCAAGUUGAUAACAAUGCUACUGGUUCAUCGUUUGGCAACUAUGGAUUGCCUAUCAACAGCGGGCAUCAGCAACUUACUUAUCAUCCUGGGCCACAGUUGGCUCUCGAAGGAGGUCCGCUGACAGCUACCAAGAAUGCAACAUCCUUUCGUAACGGUGAUCAGCAAACGGAAUUGGUGGACGAGAAGUCCCCUGACGUGAACCCAACUCUGGAAUUCCCAGACACACCUCUGAUUGCAGACGAAGACCUUUUGUUCCCUAAGACUCCAGUGCUGCUCACGCCAUGUACGAGCCCACGGCCGUAG